CUGGGCUGCUGAUUGAGUCAGCCUUAGUCCCUCACUGCACGUCUCCUGAAGUUCAGCCCUGAAACUCGGCUGCCAGGGGAGCCGAAGUCACCCUACGAAGGUGUCUGAGCCAUACUGGACCCCUCCAGGGAGCCACGUGUGCCCAGCUGGGGCACUGCCCCAGUUGAUGCCCCACAGGGGUCCCCCGUCUCAAGAGGGACUCUGGACCCUGCCCUGCCUCCUCAUGGCGCAUGAGCCAGAGCCUGAGACUGAUGGACUGUUAGACCUCAGCUUCCUGACAGAAGAGGAGCAGGAGGCCAUUGCCGACGUCCUGAAGCGAGAUGCCCGCCUUCGCCAGUUGGAGGAGGGCCGGGUCAGCAAGCUCCGGGCCUCGCUGGCAGACCCCGGGCAGCUGAAGAUCCUGACGGGAGACUGGUUCCAGGAAGCACGCUCACAACGGCACCACCAUGCCCACCUUGGCUCUGACCUUGUCCGAGCCUCUAUCCGCAGAAAGAAGAGCUCCAGGGGCACGGGAGACCAGGCUCCAGGCAGCGAUAGGGAGGCUGAGGCUGCGGCUGCUGAAGAAGAAACUGAAGAGGAGCUGGAGCCCAGGCUCCCCACGGAUGAGGCCCCCCAAGAGAUGCUCAGCCAGGCUGAGGAACCUGAUUCUCCCUCACCAUAUGUCCCCCUAAAAACUUCAGAGCAUGAGGAAGAGCCCCAGGCCCAGGAAGCCCCGGGCCCAGGGGCCCCACAGGUCUACGCGGUGGAGGCGGACCCGGAGCCCAAGCCGCGGUCGCGGGGAGAGGAGCCACCGCCUACUACAGCCCAGACCCAGGCGGCGCCAGAGAUCCUGGAGAACGGAGAGGAGGCCCCGGGGCCCGGCCCCUCACUCGACCGCAUGCUCAGCAGCAGCUCCUCCGUGUCCAGCCUCAACUCCUCCACGCUGAGCGGCAGCCAGUUGAGCCUGUCCGGGGAGGCGGAGGCGGGCGCCGUGCAGGUGUGCGGCUCUGUGCACUUCGCGCUGCGCUACGAGCCGGGCACCGCGGAGCUGCGCGUGCACGUGAUCCAGUGCCAGGGCCUGGCGGCCGCGCGACGCCGCCGCUCGGACCCCUACGUCAAAAGCUACCUCCUCCCGGAUAAGCAGAGCAAACGCAAGACGGCGGUGAAGAAAAGAAAUCUGAACCCGGUCUUCAAUGAGACUCUGCGGUACUCCGUCCCGCAGGCCGAGCUCCGGGGCCGCGUGCUGAGCCUAUCCGUGUGGCACCGCGAAAGCCUUGGUCGCAACAUCUUUCUGGGCGAAGUUGAAGUGCCUCUGGACACGUGGGACUGGGGCUCUGCAUCCACCUGGCUUCCCCUGCAGCCCCGGGUCCCGCCCUCUCCCGACGACCUUCCCAGCCGCGGGCUGCUCUCUCUGUCGGUCAAGUACGUCCCCGCCGGCUCCGAGGGCGCGGGACUGCCCCCCAGCGGGGAGCUGCACUUCUGGGUGAAGGAAGCUCAGGGCCUCCUGCCGCAGCGCUCAGGAACCCUGGAUUCCUACGUACAAUGUUCAGUGCUGCCUGAUGACAGCCGGGCCAGCCGCCAAAGGACAAGGGUGGUGCGACGCAGCCUCAGCCCUGUGUUCAACCAUACCAUGGUUUAUGAUGGCUUCGGACCUGCUGACCUGCGCCAGGCCUGUGCUGAGCUCUCCCUCUGGGACCAUGGGGCCCUGGCCAGCCGCCAGCUGGGGGGUACACGCCUCAGCUUGGGCACAGGCAGCAGCUAUGGGCUGCAGGUGCCCUGGAUGGAUUCCACACCAGAGGAGAAGCAGCUGUGGCAGACACUCCUGGAGCGACCAUGCGAGUGGGUGGAUGGCCUUCUGCCACUCAGAACCAACCUGGUCCCCAGGACAUAGUUCUCCUAUAAGCCACCCAACUCCUCUCGGGACCCCCAUCUCAGGGCCUGCCCUUGGCUAAAACCAAUAAAGUUUAUUCUAAGGGCA